GUGUACAGCUAGCCUGAGCUGGGCUGCUCAGUGCUCGUACAUGUGCGUUUUGCUUCAUAUGCAAGGUGCAUGCACAUUGCACAUGCUGCACAGGACUAAGGUCGAGUGCUGCUCAAUUGAUGUCCAACAAUGCUCGUAUUUGCACUGAUUAUCAUUCAGCACGACAAAAGUUUCCAAGGCAGAUCGAGAGCAUUUCUGGUUCUCACAGCUCGUCUGUCUCGGUGCAUACCUAGCUGUAAAAAGCAGGACGCUAUCAGCAUUGCAACACUUUCCCGAGAGUGACAGCUUGUAUUGUGCUCAGCUUUGUGAACCAGGCGGGCGCAACCGGCCUCAGAAAUGCAUCGUGGGCCUGUACUGCGUCCGCUGUAGACUGUUGAUGGUGGUACGUGGUUGCUGAGACUAAUUAAGCUCGAUCAGUAAAAGCAAAUGGCUCCGUUGAAUAUAGUGGUUCUAGGUGGCAGCGGCAAUGUCGGGUCCAAGCUGGCGCACAGACUGGCUGUUGCAGGUCACAACCUCAUCUUAACAUCUCGGAACCCAACCGACGACAAAGCAAAGGCGGCCGUCGAGUUUGUCGCCUCUGAGGGCGCAAGCGGGACUGUCAAGUCGGCGAGCUUUGAGGAAGCGAAAGCUGCCAAGAUUGAUGUGCUCAUUGUGGCGACCCCAGGAAUGACCUCCCCCACAGAAUGGUCGCCGGUGUUGACCCCCCUUGGGGAGCUGGAAGGGGUGGUUGUCAUUGAUGCUUCAAACCCGCUCACUAGUUGGCCAAACUUGGACAUCGCUGUGAACCAGAACCAUGCCAGCGCCUCCGAUCACAUUCAGAGCGUCCUCCGAAAAGCGAUCGUUUACAAGGCCUUCAACACGCUGGGAGCGGAGAUCCUAGGCGACCCAAAGAUCGGCGGGCUGUCCAAAACCGACAUGCUGUUUGCGGGCCCAGCGGAACCGGAAUCCGCCAAAGCAACAGUGACCAAGGUCAUCAGCGACGUGGGAUUCCGUCCGGUCUAUGUCGGACCUCUGCGGUAUGCCCGGAAUUUGGAGUCCCUCGCGGAAUUGUGGAUCCAUUUGGCGGUUAAGUUUGGGGCGGGGGGGACUUGGAGCUGGGCGAUCGAAGGGCCGUACGACCUGAAGUAGGGCACGGAGACGCCGUCUUUUGUGUAUAAUGUAGGUUAUCACCGUCCACUGUAUGUACGUCAUACAUUACCAUGCUAGGGUGACAAGUGAUUGGGCCAGCUUGUAAGAUGAUACCUUUUAUGGCUUGUAUUUGAUAACGCAGCCGGUGCAACGCUAUGCCGGCAUGCAGUGUGUUGGCCCACCUACGAAGCGGGACAAACCGACCAAAGCUACAUUUCUUAAGGAAGUUGCCGCCGCCAAAUGCAGUGGAUCUAACAGACUCGUAAUUGUUAAUACCUAACAUCGGAUCUCAUAAAUGAUUCGAAAUUAAUAAAGCUUCAUAAAACGCCUCAUCAACCCGC